CUGCACCCGCUCCACACCGUUCGACAUCGCCAGGGGGCGAGAUGGUGAUUGGAGACAGCCCCAUCCAACGCCUGCGUCCACCAGCUACGUGGGCUCCGCGGCGUGCUGUGUUGACGACGCUGUCGAACAAUAUCAGGGAGAGGCAAGCGAAGAGGAAACUCGACUUCGAGGAGGGCGAAGUGAGCGGUGAAGAGGAUAGCGUGCUCCCUCAAUCAAAGAAACGUAUGCCGGAUGAGGACUCCUCUCUCGUGCCCUUAAUAAAGGAGGCUGAAAUGGGGUUUGUCGAACUCAUUAACAAACCAGUAGCCAAGCCGUGGGUCCCCUUACGCGAGUUGGAGGAGGAUCAGCCCUACCGCAUCGUGUGCGCGAGGGAGCACACGAACCAACAUGGUCGCCGCAUAAUUUUGAAAAUCAUCAAUGCAGGAAGCAAAUGUGAGGUGUAUCUACCUCAAAGAUUUGCUUCCUGCAUUGAUGCAGGAAAAAUUCGGGAAUUCAAUGAAACGUGUAAAAAUUAUGUUUUAGUAGUUACGCAUAAGUGCCCAAAUUGGACAGAUAUAAAAAUUGUUAAAGCAUAACAAUUUUUAUAUCUGUAUACAAUUUGGACACUUGUG